GGAGUGAAGCGAGUCCGGAAGCCGAGAGCAAGAAUGAAAUGAACCUCGGAGAGCUGCUCACUGGAUUCUUCGAAUUCGGGGGCCAGUUUGACUUCAAGACCAAGGGCAUGUCUUUGGUGACUGGAAAAGCGUGUGCCAAACCUGACCAUUCCCCGUUGUACGUGGAGAAUCCCUUGGACCGGAGUUUGAACGUCACUAGGAACGUCAGCGGUGACGAGGUGGAUAGGUUUGUGCGCCAGUGUCGGGAAUCUGCGUGGAGUGUCGAGUCAAACCAUGCCAGUUUACCGGACCUGUUGCUGCCUGCUGGGAGCUCAAUGCGGUUUGAUCUCACAAGCGUCAGUACCACCUUGCCCAAGUUCCAAGUGAAGAAUUUGUUCUCGCUGGGAAAGGAACCCGGAAGCCCACCGGACCGGAAGCAAAAGAAAGACACGGGUUUCCGGAGAUCCAGUGUUGGAAAACGUGCCUUUACUAAAAGAUAGUGAAACGAUUUGUUGUAGGCAUUAAAGACUUGUUGAAGCUGAA